AUGCGCUACUCUUUGCUCGUGGGUACCCUGCUGGGUCUGGAAGCUGUUGCACUGCAGCUCGGACUUCCCACCGCGGGCGAGCUUCAACAGAAGGUUCAGGCAAGCAAAUCGCGUCAUUCUUCCGUGGCCAAGCGCGAUGUGGAUCCCUCCGCUCUGUAUCCGCCGCACAAUCUGAGUAUACCGAUUGAUUUCUUCCACAACGACACACGGUACGAGCCGCACACGAAUGAUACCUUCAAUCUGCGGUACUGGUUCGAUGCUAGCUACUACAAGCCAGGUGGUCCUGUGUUCGUCCUACUCGGUGGAGAAACCUACGGAGACGAUCGCCUACCAUUCCUCCAGAAGGGUAUCGUUCAUCAGGUCAUCGAAGCCACCAAUGGUCUUGGUGUGAUUCUGGAACAUCGCUACUACGGAGAAAGCUUUCCGUAUCCGAACGUGUCGCUCGAAAACCUUCGUUUCUUAUCUACUGAACAAGCGUUGGCCGAAGUUGACUAUUUUGCUCGCAAUGUUGAAUUUGAGGGCAUCGACGCGGACCUGACUGCACCAAACACUCCCUGGAUCGUCUAUGGUGGCUCUUACGCCGGUGCCCAGAGCGCUUUCCUGCGCGUCGUGUACCCUGAAACGUUCUGGGGAACUAUUUCCUCGUCUGGAGUCACCAAGGCCAUCUAUGAUUACUGGGAGUACUUUGAGCCGAUUCGACUAUAUGCUCCUCCUGAUUGUAUUCACGCAACCCAGACGUUCAUCAGCGUAUUGGAUAGUAUCCUCCUGAAAAACGACACCGCCGCGACCAAGCAGCUCAAGGAUGCAUUUGGUUUUGGAGGUGUCACAAAUGACCAGGACUUCGCCAAUAUUUUCACGGAUAUCUAUGGCUGGCAGAGCACCAACUGGGACCCUGAGGUCAAUAGCCCGAGUUUCUACAACUACUGUACUAACAUCACCGGAUCGCUCAACUUUCCUGAUCUCGAAGCGAAUAGAUCCACCGCUGCAAGCAUAGUCGCUGCUUCUGGCCACGGAAACGACACGGCGACUGUGGAUACAGUACUGAACGCCAUUGGUUGGUAUGGCAGGAAGCUCACCAGCCAAAAAUCAUCUGGUUUGACCCAGGAUGAAUACUUCACCACCCUCAACGACACUCAGUGGCAGGCAACGGACCUCGACGCGGCGAAUGCUUACAGGAGCUGGUCGUACCAGGUUUGCACAGAAUGGGGAUACAUCCAAACCGGAAACACCCCUUCAGAAAUCCAACCCCUGAUCUCACGGACUUUGGAUCUCGAAUAUCUGACCUACUUCUGUCGCUCAGGUUACAACCGCACCGAACCUCCGGAUGUUGAGAAGGUAAACAAGUACGGCGGUUACAACAUCAGCUACCCUCGCUUGGCUCACAUCGGAGGUAACGCUGAUCCGUGGAGGCCUGCAACUCCUCUGUGGUUCCCAGAUGCCAGAAAGGAUUCCAUCGAGGAACCGUGGCUACUCAUUUCCCACGGGGUGCACCACUGGGAGGAGAACGGCAUCUUCCCCAACGAGACCACUCCGAUUCUACCGCCUUACCCAGUCAUCUAUGCUCAGCAGUAUCUUAAGAACUUCGUCAUUGAAUGGCUGAACGACUGGGAGAAGCCCGGCUACCAAUCCGAACUGUAG